AAGACUCGAUUACGUGUUACACCAUAUAUAUAUAUAUAUAUAUAUAUGCUUCCUCCUCCAAAACCUGUUGAGCUUGUUUGUUCUUCUUCUUCUUCUUCUUCAAUGGGUGAUCAACAAGUAAACUCAAGACGUGCCAUUGGAGCAUGGCAAGAAAACUCAUGGGUAGUCAUGGAAGGUGGGGAGGAUAUUUGCGACUCGAUCUCCAUUGGGUCCUCGACAAAUUCGAGAAACUCUGCAGCAUCAUCGUCUUCAUCGGAAUUGGUAGAGGAUGCAACCUCUUCAACAUCGACAUGUUCAUCGUCCUCAUCCUCUGGGCCUUUAUAUGAACUGUCUGAGCUCCUGAUCCAUCUUCCUAUGAAGAGAGGGCUUUCUAGAUAUUAUGAAGGGAAGUCACAGUCUUUCACAUCUCUAGCAAGCGUGAAGAGCUUAGAGGAUCUUCUGAAGAAGACGCCGCCACAUAGAAAGAAGAUGAAGGCAUGCAAGAGCUACGCAGGGGGUUUAGAUGGUCAUAAAUCGAGCACUCUUCCUAAGGCUACCAUAUCGAAGAAGGGUUCAAGAGGAGGAUCUUCUUUGUCUUCACUGGGUAGGAGAGGUAGUUUAUUGGGUGGUUCUAGGCCUUCAUUUCAUGUACAAAUGAACUCAUGAUGUGCAAAAACCUCUUUGAAUUUGCACGGUUUGAAAAUAGCAUGACAAAGUUUUUGUGUUUCA